AUGAUUUUACUAAUAGAUAUGGUGGAAGUACCGCAUACAUUACCGUUCGCUUUUUGGCAAAAAGACCAGGAUAACGAAAAUCAGAUCGAAAAUGGGGAAUUAACCGAGUUAACGAUCGAAAGAAUCGACGCGUGUUUGCAAGAGAAUGGCAUCAACCACCGAACGGAUAAAUUCGAGCUCAUGAGCACACCUCGCGCCAAAGGCAAACCAUCACAGCUGGUCAUACGCAGAGGACAGGAGUUCCUUAUCAAACUCAUUUGCAACCGACCGAUCAAUCCAAAGGUGGAUUCACUUUCCUUCGUGCUAUCCGUUGAUCCCAUUGCUGACGAAUGGAUCAGCCACGGACAUGGAACAGUCGUUUACAUGCUUCUGCAAACAGCGGAUAACGUCGAGGAGGAUCACGAUUCCGAUUGGAAUGCCAAGUUGUUGGGAGUGAAUGAGCUCGAAAACGACUGUGCGGAACUUUUGAUUGCAAUAGCAACAUCACCAAACGCCUCCGUUUCAAAGUGGACUCUCACGGUGAAUAUCAAAUCCGAAGCGUCAGAUCAGAGCAACAGUUUCCAGUUGGAUCAACCAUUAUAUUUGCUCUACAAUCCAUGGUGCGAAAAAGAUCCUGUCUAUCUGGAAGAUGCGGAUAAGCGCAACGAGUAUGUCCUCGAGGACAUGACCAUGAUAUGGAAAGGAAACGAACGUAGUUUCUAUCCGCGCAAAUGGAAACUCGGUCAGUACGAAGAAAAUGUCCUGGAUUGUGCGUUCUGGUUGCUAGGAGAUAUCGCCCGUUUGUCCGCAACUUACCGCGGAAAUCCGAUCAAAGUGUGCCGCGCACUGUCUGGCGUUGUCAACAGCAACGAUAACUAUGGCGUAGUAACUGGCAAUUGGAGUGGAAACUAUAGUGACGGAACAGCACCGACUGCCUGGACUGGAUCAGUGAAAAUCCUGCAGGAGUACUAUGAAACGGAGCGCUCCGUGCAAUACGGUCAAUGUUGGGUGUUUGCUGGCGUGUUGGGAACACUCUGUCGCGCCCUGGGAAUACCUUGUCGAAUCGUCACUAAUUUCUCUUCCGCCCAUGACACGGAAGCGUCACUUACGGUCGAUGUGUACUUAGAUGAGGAGGGUAACGUCAUGAAAAGUUUCUCACGCGACAGCAUCUGGAACUAUCAUGUGUGGAAUGAGGUUUGGCUGAAGAGGCGGGAUCUCGGAACCGAUGCGUAUGAUGGGUGGCAGGUGAUCGAUGGAACACCGCAAGAAUUUUCCGACGGAGCGUACAAGUUGGGACCUGCUCCGGUUGAAGCGGUCAAAAAUGGCCUCGUGAAUAUGUUGUACGAUUGUGAUUUUGUUUUUGCUGAAGUGAACGCCGACAAAGUGUUCUGGAGGUACCGUGGACCCAGCAAGGCACUUAAACUCAUCCAAAAGGACACCACCGGGAUAGGACAGUUCAUCAGUACGAAAGCCAUUGGAGUGGACGAGCGAGAAGAUAUCACCCAGAACUACAAAUGUGGUGAACAAUCCUCGGAGGCCAAGAUCACCAUGCUGCGAGCGUUAAAACUAGGACAAAGCUGCUUAACUAAGCACUACUUGAAGUUGGUUAAGGUUGACGAUCGAUCUUCUAUCAAACAUCAAGGACGCGACGUAGAGUUUGAGCUCGAGCUAAACGAUCAGGCACUGGUCGGGGAGUCGUUUAACAUUGCGCUACGAAUUAGGAACAUUUCCUACGACGAAUCGUACUCGAUAAGUGGCCGAAUUCACUUGAACCACAUUCUUUAUACUGGCAAAUCCAUUAAAACCAUCGCUAGUCAACCGUUUUCGGUUGUUCUAGAACCGAAUGCAGAGGAAUUGGUAGAAGUACCGGUGGCUUUUGAUGAUUACUACGAGUCGGGGAUGGAUGAGGCACUCUUCAAGGUGACGAGCUUUGCAAACAUCGAGGGUGCGGAUUAUGAGUAUUUUUCGCAAGAAGAUUACAGUCUCCGCAAACCUAAUGUACAGCUUCAGCUCGGCGGUGAGCCAAUGUUGCGAACAUCGCUUAAAAUUGUCGCCGCAUUUUACAAUCCACUGCCAAUACCAAUUUCCAACGGAAUGUUCCGUAUCGAGUGUUCUGGCUUAUGCAAAAGCCUAAUCAUACCGAUUGGUUCGAUAGAUGCCCGGGACAGGUGUGAAGUUACGUUUUUGAUUGUGCCUUCGUUUGUGGGAAAUACUCAACUAUCGGCUAAAUUUCACUCGAGUGAACUAAGUGAUAUUGAGGGAUCGGUCAGCUUUGAUGUAGCGGAGCGAGUUGAAAAUGACACGCUACACGAAGUUUUAUACUUUUCUUAA